CAUGUUAGCCGACCCCAAAUCAUUUAGGACUAAGGCUUUGUUGUUGUUGUUGUUGUUGUUGUUGUUUGUUUGUGUCUUACUCUCGGUGGUGGACUGGUGGGCUUAGAAUUUUUAUAAUUUAUGUUUUAUGAUGGAUGUGAAAAGUUAAUUCACGUCAGUUGUUUUUUUCCCCUUUAUUUUAUUAACUGUUCUUAAGUACAUAGAAUAAACUCUUCAUAAUAUUUGAUAUUUUUGAACAACGUUUUUAAACUCCCGAACAAAAUUCGAUACCCCUCUCCCUAACCUAAAAUCUGUCAACCUGUGAAUCGCGAACCCAAAUAUAUACCCCGUAUUGAAGCGAACCACGAAUCAAGUUACCCUGAUUUGUGGGCUCUGCAUAUUGGUACUCGUUACUUUUUUUUGGAAUUGGUUGGGUUCAACAUUUCAAGCUCAUACAACCAAAGAUAUUAUCAUGACAUGGAAACGAAGGAUGAAGAAAGGUUACAUUGAUGAGGUGUGGAAGAUGAUGACUAUGAUGACAAAUUUGAUGAUGCAUUUGGAAAUAUGGAAGGCAAUGACAUUUUGUGGGUAGAGUAUAAGUUCGUCAGCUCAAGUCUUCGGUCAUUGUCAAGUCCAAGCGAAAUAGCUCAUAAUGAGGAUAUUUUGCGAAUCUUUUUGAUGGCCUGUGAGGUUAGAACUGUGAAGUUGAGUGUUAUUGGACUUUCAUGCCUCCAGAAGCUAAUAUCUCAUGAUGCUGUUGCUCCUUCAGCAUUAAAGGAGAUACUUUUUACCUUGAAAGAGCAUGCUGAAAUGACCGAUGAGACAGUUCAGCUGAAGACCCUCCAAACCAUAUUAAUCAUAUUCCAGUCCCAUAUGCAUCCAGAAGAUGAGGAAAGUACGGCUCAAGCUCUCGGAAUUUGUCUCCGGCUUCUUGAAAGUAAUCGUUCCUCAGAUAGUGUACAGAAUACUGCAGCGGCUACCUUUAGACAAGCAGUGGCCUUGGUUUUUGACCAUGUGGCCGUUGCAGAAUCGCUUCCUGCUGGGAAAUUUAGUUCUGGAGGUCAAAUCUAUCGAUCUAGAUCAAGUUCUGUUACCGGAGAUGUUAGCCGCAGCAUCCAUCGUUCAGAUGAGUAUGAUACUGUAGCUGGAGUAACACCUAUCACAAGGGAAAGCCUUACCAAAGCUGGAACAGUUGGGCUUCGUUUGCUUGAGGACGUGACAGCUCUUGCAGCAGGUGGAUCUGCAACCUGGUUGCGUAUCAGUUCUGUCCAACGAUCAUUCGCCCUUGAUAUACUUGAGUUUGUCCUAUCAAAUUAUGUGGCCAUUUUCAGAACACUGGUUCCAUAUGAGCAGGUCUUGCGCCAUAAGAUAUGUUCUCUUCUGAUGACUUCUCUUCGCAUCAAUGCUGAGCUUGAAGGAGAAGCAGGAGAGGCCUUCUUUCGUCGCUUGUUGUUGCGUUCAGUAGCUCACAUUAUCAGGCUAUAUAGUUCAUUCCUUAUCACUGAAUCUGAGGUUUUUCUGAGUAUGUUAGUGAGGGUCACAACACUUGAUCUUCCAUUAUGGCACCACAUCCUUGUUCUUGAAAUUCUGAGGGGCUUUUGUGUUGAGGUGCGAACCAUGCGAGUUCUUUUCCAGAAUUUUGAUAUGAACCUCAGCAAUACUAAUGUCGUGGAGAAUAUUGUAAAAGCUCUUGCACGCGUUGUUUCAAGUUUACAGUUGGUGGUCAAGGUUCAAGACACAAGUGAAGAGAGUUUGGCAGCUGUGGCUGGGAUGUUUAGCAGCAAAGCCAAAGGUAUUGAGUGGAUCUUGGACAAUGAUGCAUCCAAUGCUGCAGUAUUAGUUGCUAGUGAGGCUCAUGCUAUCACAUUGGCAAUUGAGGGGCUUUUAGGUGUUGUCUUUACUAUUGCUACUCUGACAGAUGAAGCAGUAGAUACAGGAGAGCUUGAAUCCCCUAGAUGUGAGUCUGACCCUCCUGCAAAGUUGAAUGGGAAGACAGCAUUUCUUUGUUAUUCCAUGGUCGAUUCAUUGUGGUUGACGAUACUUGAUACCCUUUCUCUAAUUUUGGCAAGGUCUCAAGGAGAGGCUAUUGUGUUGGAGAUACUAAAGGGAUAUCAGGCUUUCACUCAGGCUUGUGGAGUUCUUCGUGCUAUCGAACCAUUGAACUCUUUUUUGGCUUCUCUUUGCAAAUUUACAAUCAAUAUUCCCAGUGAGAUCGAAAAGAAAAGUUCUGUACAAUCUCCUGGUUCAAAACGCACGGAGCACCUCGCUGACCAGAGAGAUAGCGUUAUUUUGACUCCCAAGAAUGUUCAGGCAUUGAGGACUCUAUUCAACAUAGCUCACCGGCUACAUAAUGUGUUAGGCCCCUCUUGGGUUCUGGUAUUGGAAACAUUAGCAGCCUUGGACCGAACAAUUCACUCACCACAUGCUUCUACUCAGGAAGUGUCCACAACUGUUACUAGGCUCAGCAGGGAGUCAUCUGGGCAUUAUAGUGAUUUUAAUAUCCUCUCUUCUUUAAAUUCUCAGUUAUUUGAAAGCUCUGCAUUUAUGCAUAUAUCUGCGGUGAAGUCACUUGUCUCUGCACUUUGCCAACUGUCACAACAAUCCUUGCCUGGAAUUUCUGGCAGCUCUCCUUCAACAUCAAGUCAGAAAAUUGGAAGCAUCAGUUUUUCUGUCGAAAGGAUGAUAUCUAUUCUUGUUAGUAAUGUUCACAGAGUGGAGCCUCUGUGGGAUCCAGUUGUAGGCCAUUUCCUUGAGCUUGCUGAGAACUCUAAUCAACAUUUGAGAAGCAUGGCAUUGGAUGCGUUAGAUAGGUCAAUUUGUGCUGUUCUGGGUUCUGAUCAGUUUCAUGAUCGUGUAACAUCAGGAUCUUUUACAGACACUCAACAUAUAAAAAAUGCAUCUACAGAACUAAGAUCACUUGAACGUGCCGUCAUAUCACCCUUGAGGGUACUGUACUAUUCUACUCAGAGUUUUGAUGUUCGCUCUAGAUCUCUGAGGAUUCUUCUUCAUGCUUUGGAGAGGCAUGGAGAAAAACUACAUGAUAGCUGGCAGGACAUACUUGAGAUGUUAAGGUCUGUUGCCUGUGCAGCUGAGAAGGAUUUAAUUACAUUGGGAUUCCAGAGCCUUCGUGUCAUUAUGAAUGAUGGACUCUCAACUAUACCUGUGGAUUGCCUUCAAGUAUGUAUUGAUGUUACUGGAGCCUAUAGUGCUCAGCAGACCGAGUUGAACAUAAGCCUGACUGCAAUCGGUCUCUUGUGGACUACAACUGAUUUUAUUGCAAAAGGACACAUUCGUUUGAGUAGCGGACAAAGUGAGAAAGCAGAUAGUGAGAAGAGGGAAGAAGUUACAACCGAUUCAACCAAAGUUGACAGCCAAGCUUCCAUUUUUAAUGUGGUUGAACGAGACAAGCUGCUGAUUUCUAUUUUCUCAUUGCUUCAAACUCUUGGAGCAGAUGAGAGACCUGAGGUGAGAAAUUCAGCAAUCCGUACCCUUUUUCAAACCCUUGGAACUCAUGGACAAAAGCUUUCAACGAGCAUGUGGGAGGACUGUCUUUGGAACUAUGUUUUCCCUUCACUAGAUCGUGCUUCUCACAUGGCCGCUACCUCAUCCAGAGAUGAAUGGCAUGGCAAAGAGCUAGGAACACAAGGUGGAAAGGCAGUUCACAUGCUUAUACAUCACAGUCGUAACACGGCUCAGAAACAGUGGGAUGAAACACUUGUUGUUGUCCUUGCUGGGAUAGCUCGCCUCUUACGCUCUUUCUUUCCCUAUCUAAGAACUUUGAGCAAUUUCUGGUCUGGAUGGCAAACAUUGAUUGAAUUUGUUAAAAGUAGUAUCGUAAAUGGUAGCAAAGAAGUCGCACUUGCUGCAAUCAACUGUUUGCAAACGACUAUUCUAACUCAUUCUGUUAAGGGAAACUUGCCUAUGGCUUACCUUAAAUCAGUACUUGAUGUUUAUGAGCAUUUCCUUCUAGAAUCACCAAGCCGCAGAGAUAAAGCAAUUGAUAGGGUGAAGCAGGAGAUAUUGCAUGGGCUUGGAGAAUUGUUUGCUCAAUCACAACAGGGGUUUGACAUCGAUAUGUACAAGCAGCUGCUAGAAGUAGUGCAUGUGGCAAUUCAGGCAACAACGACAAUCAGCAACGCUGCAGCUGAUGCUGGAUCCAUUCCCCCUUUGCAACGUACUAUGCUAGAAAUCUUACCACUUCUAUGUCCAUCGGAGCAUCUCUGUUCUAUGUGGUCCCUUUUUCUUCAGUCGAUUUUGAAAUAUCUUCCUAGAGCUCCUCUUGCCUUAGAACACAGAGGAGAUGCCAAGCAAGUUGGGGAAACAGACUCUACCCAAGUUGAUAAAUGGGGAAAGAAAGAAACCACUAAUGGUGUGACGUCUACAUCUCCAAGGUUGGCGGGAGAUCCAGUUGAAUCUGAAAUUAUUUCGACUUCGAUAUCUGGCAUCCAAUGCAGCAUAUUUUCUGAAAAGCUUAUCCCCGUGUUUGUUGAUCUCUUCUUGCGAGCUCCAGACUCUGAAAAGUAUAUUAUAUAUCCUGAAGUCAUUCAAGCUUUAGGAAGGUGCAUGACAACAAGAAGAGACAGUGCAGAUGGUGUUGUUUGGAGGCUAGCUGUUGAAGGUUUCAACCGUAUUCUUGUGAGUGACAUUGUUCGAUUGUCCCAGAAAGAUGAAACUCAUCCAUGUAAUAGUAGAUCUGCAAGAAACCGCAUUUGGAAAGAAGUGGCUGAUGUUUUUGAAAUAUUUCUUGUGGGAUACUGCGGACGUGCUCUUCCUUCCAAUGUUCUGUCUACUGUUGCACUCAAGGCUGAUAUAUCAGUAGAUAUGGCCUUUUUAACUAUACUUGGCGACAAGAUUCUCAAGUCACAAAUCGAUGCUCCUUCUGAUAUUCUGCAGAGAUUAGUUUCCACUUUGGACCGUUGUGCAUCGCGCACAUGCUCUUUACCUGUGGAGACUGUGGAACUUCUGCCUUCUCAUUGUUUCAGAUUUUCCUUGGCUUGCUUGCAAAAGCUAUUUAUUUUGACCAGUUCUAAGGCUGAGGUCAGUGAUUGGAACGCGACACGAUCUGAGGUCAGCAAAAUUGCUAUCAUGGUGCUCAUGGAGAGAUGUGAACACAUUUUUAACAGACUUCUCAUAGAUGAAGCCGAUUUAGGUGAACGACCAUUUCCUUCAGCAAGGCUCGAAGAAGUAUUAUUUGUUCUUGAAGAGCUUGCCCACUUGACUAUUCACCCGGACGCAUCAUCUAUUCUGCCUUUGCAUCCUCAUCUUAAACAUGGUAUUACAACAGAAGGAAAUCAUGACGGUCGAGCUCAUCUCCUUGUUCUCCAUCCAUCCCUUUGUGAACUUGUCAUUUCAAGGGAACCUAGAGUGAGGGAGUUGGUACAGGUCCUCCUUAGAUUUGUCAGUGAGAUUUUGGGACUACAGAAAUUAACUCGAUCUGGUAAAUCUUAGAAAGGCAUGAGAAGAGAAAUCACGUGCACGUGGCUAGCAUUCUUCGGUUUUCCAGUGAUGAAGUAGGCUGAGGAAUUUUUCGUUUUUGUCCUCCAUAGUUCACUGUAUUAUAGUGAUUCAUUUUGCAGUUUUCAUGUAGCAAAUCUUGUACAUUAUAUCAUAGGGGAAUGAAAGAAUGGUAAAAGUUUGUUGUAAAAAAAUCAAAUUAUAUUUUCUCAAGCUAUGUAAUCAUUAUGGUCGUAUUCAAAUAGUUUGAUUCUUGAUUA